AUGCUACUUGUUUGCAUUCAUUCUAGAGAUCAUCGCCAUGAUGCUGGCAUUUAUCUUCGGAAUCGUGACGAUCAACAUCAUCAGCAAAUCGGCUGCUUUCCACAAGAACUUCCAGAACAUUAUUACGAUUUUUAUCGGGGAAUUUCUGGUGGCGGAGGAACCCUUUACAUUGAUCUACCCUUGCUGAUUUCAAGUUUCUAUCGAAUGUAUAUCUAUUGUGCAGCACUGUGCACCCUCAACACCGGCUUGAUGGAGAGACUUUUUGCCGUGUUUUUCGUUCGUGACUACGAAUAUAUUGAGAGAUUAUGGAUUCAAUGGUACCUUCAGAUCUGGGGAACUAGCGUUUGUAUCGCUUGCUCGGUUGGAUACACGUUUUUUGGAACGCUGGAGUCCGGGCUUUUCUUCAAGAUCAUGCUCAUCGUCCUCUUAUCCUUAAUCGUCAUCGCGUGCCUAAUCUUUAUCUUUAUUUCCUAUCUGAAUGCAAACUUUUUAAAAUUACUUCUAACCACUUUUGACAUCAAGAAAUACACGCUGAGUCGACGAUUUCAAUUGGAGGAGAAUGUCAAAGCUUUGCUGUUGAUCAAACAAAUGUUCCUCAGUCACGGGGUUUAUUGCUUUUUUGCGAUGGGCUUAUUCGCGACUCCAUAUGUGAUUUUUGAGUUAAACACACCCGAGUUGGAGCUGUCGAUUGCGCUUUUUGAGACCACAAUGAGUCUAUAUCCAGUCUAUUUCAUGCCCUACAUUCUAUAUUUGACGCCUUCUUGGAGAGAGAAAACUGCCAUUUAUCUGAAGUCAAUUCUGAAAAUGAAGCCACAUAUACGGAGAAGAGUUCAACGAACGAAAUCGACGAGCAACGAGCAGGAAACGAAAAUCUAUUUUGAUCAACUUAGGGACUUAUGGGCU